ACAAAUUAAAACAAUGUCAUUACGUAGAGAACAAUCGGACGGUGAGGAUGUUUUAGAUUUGAUCGGUGAUAACGAUAAUCAUGAUGACAGCGAUCGUGCAAGUGGAGAUGAACUUCAUAAUGAUCAAGGUCAAAUGUUGGAAGCUCAAGAAGAUAAUGAAGAUAAUGUAAAAAAGGAAGUUACACCUGCUGUUAGACGUGCAAAAAAUCUUGCACCAAGAUUGACAACUGAUUUAUUGAAAGGACCAAAAGGUGUGCAUAAAAUUGAAAAAUAUUUUGAAGGUUUCAAAUAUUAUGGUCAAGGUCGAGAAAAAGAGGAUCUUGAUCGUAUUAUGAAACGUAUUGAACAUUGGUGUCAUAGAAUAUAUCCAAAAUUUAAUUACGACGAUUGUCUUGCAAAAGUUGCACAUUUAGGCAAUAAACGUGAUCUUCAAGUAUUUUUAAAAAAAUACAGAUUAGGCGACAUUUCAGCUGAUGAUGAUUUUAAAACACCGGAAUUUGUUAAUGAUGAUGACGACGAUGACGAGAGACGAGAAGAUGCUACACCACAAGAAGAAUUCGAUUUAUUACUUGCAGAACAAAUUGAUAAACAGAGACAAAAUGAAACGACUAUUAAUUCUUCGACUGCUUUUGAUGAUUUAUUGGCAUCCGUUAAUCCUCCCGUUGUAACAAAAAAUUCCGAACCAGAAUUAUCUGAUGAAGUGAAACAAAGAAUGGAGAGAAAUCGAAUGAUAGCCAUUGAACGAAAACAAGCAACAAUUAGACGACUACAAGAAUUAGAAGCUGCUAAAAAAGCCCAAGAAAUUCCUGGUAAUAAAGACACUUCGGUUCAAAUGUCAACAGAAGAAUCUUCAAAUGACGCUAAAACUUUGGACAACGAAAUAAAUCAAUCACAAAAUGGAGAAGAAAGAAAUGAGGAAAUUGCAGAAAUUCAAACAAAAUCUCAGAAUAAUGAAGAAUUAAUGACAACUGAUAAUGAGCAUCAAAUUCAAGACUCUGAAUCAAUGAUUGAAUAGAUCAAAAGUAUUUCAAAAUUUUUAAAAGUUUAAAAUAGUAUGAAACUUAAAUUUACAUUACAAUAUAAUCUAUAGCGUUUAUCAUUGUUCUUAUAAAAGGGUUAAUAAAUUAUUGUUACCGUUGAACUAAAAUAUAAAAAAAACAAUAUGUAUAUUAAUUCAUGUAUUCAAAAAAAAAAAAAAUACUUACAUUUAAUUCAUAUUUAAUAAAGAACUUAAAAAAAACUAUGUUCUACGUUUUUGUGUGCUUAUAUAUAAAACAUUAUUUCCACGAAUAAAAGCAUCACCGUAUUUGUCUUUUAGUUGACCAUUAACGUAUUC